AUCCAGUUCUUAUUUCAAAACCCUGCUCCUCGUGCGCCACAUUUCUGACACUCGGACCUCAGCUCCUGCAGGAGAAGGGGAGGAUUCAGCCAUCGCGUGCGCAAAAAUACGCGGCGGAKCGGAGGUCUACCGCGGGACCCGGAGCCAGGCUGGAGCCCGUUAUCCAUUCUCUCCAGCCCAAACAGCUGCAUCCAUCUGGAAGUUUGCUUUUUCAACAGUUUUUUUAUGAGGUUCAGUGGCACCUAUCCAACAACUGGACGCAUGAUCAUUUUGGUUCUGAUGACAUGUAGGCGCGGGGAUUUUCAUUAAUUUGGUUCCGUUCCGACUCCUUCCAGCGGCUGUGGAUUUUCUUUUGAAAGGAACUUUAAAACUUCCCAAGUUUUGCCCCCCGAUCCAAGAUGGAUUUUGCGUCGCCUCUGAUUGGAUUUUUAAUAUUUUUGUGCCAUCUGGGAUUAAAGGUCGGGGCAGAAAACGUACCAGACUGCGGAGGCUUCCUGGAUGCGAGCAAAGCGGGUUACAUCACCUCCCCUGGUUAUCCUCUGGAGUACCCUCCUCAUCAGAACUGCCACUGGAUCAUCACGGCGCCGGAGCCCUCGCAGCGCAUCGUCCUCAACUUCAACCCCCACUUCGAGAUCGAGAGGCUCGACUGCAAGUAUGACUUCAUUGAGAUCCGCGAUGGGAUGUCAGAAGCGGCCGAUGUUCUGGGUCGACACUGCAGCAACAUCGCCCCGGCGCCGAUCAUCUCGUCCGGACCGUCGCUUCAGAUCAGAUUCGUAUCGGACUACGCCCAUCAGGGGGCGGGUUUCUCCCUGCGCUACGAGAUCUUCAAAACAGGGUCAGAAUUCUGCUUCCGCAAUUUCACCAGCCCGUCCGGCAUGAUCGAGUCCCCGGGCUUCCCGGAUAAAUACCCCCACAAUCUGGAGUGCUCCUACAUGAUYAUCGCCCCGCCCCACAUGGACAUCACGCUCACCUUCCUGACCUUCGAUCUGGAGAACGACCCUCUGAUGGUGGGCGAGGGCGACUGCAAGUACGACUGGCUGGAGGUUUGGGACGGCCUCCCACAAGCGUCUCCUCUGAUUGGACGUUACUGCGGGACAAAGAUCCCUCCAGAGAUCCAGUCCUCCUCUGGCCUGCUGUCCCUCUCCUUCCACACCGACAUGGCCGUGGCCAAAGACGGCUUCUCGGCGCGCUACAACAUGACGCACAAAGAAGUGUCUGACUCGUUCCACUGUAGCAUGGCGCUCGGCAUGGAGUCUGGAAAGAUCAGCGACGAUCAGAUCUCAGCCUCGACGUCGUUCUACGACAGCCGCUGGUUGCCGCGGCAGGCCCGCCUCAACAACAACGACAAUGCCUGGACGCCUUCGGAGGACAGCAGCAAAGAGUACAUUCAGGUUGACCUCCAUUUCCUGAAGGUUUUAACUGGGAUUGCCACACAGGGAGCUGUAUCCAAAGAAACUCAGAAGUCUUACUACAUCACCACCUUCAAACUGGAGGUCAGCACCAACGGAGAGGACUGGAUGGUGUACCGGCAUGGCAAGAACCACAAGAUUUUCCAUGCGAACACAGACCCGGCAGAGGUGGUUCUGAACCGUGUCCCGCAGCCAGUUUUGGCCCGCUUUGUUCGGAUCCGACCUCAGUCGUGGAAGAACGGCAUCGCGCUUCGCUUUGAGCUGUACGGAUGCCAGAUUACAGAUGCUCCAUGUUCUGACCUGCAGGGGCUGAUGUCCGGCCUGCUCCCCGACACUCAGAUCUCUGCGUCGUCCAGCAGGGACGUGGUGUGGAACCCAGGGACGGCCCGYCUUGUGGCCAGUCGCUCGGGUUGGUUCCCGGCUCCCGCACAGCCCCUGGCUGGAGAGGAGUGGCUGCAGGUGGACUUCGGUGUGCCCAAAACCGUUCGUGGGGUCAUCACCCAGGGAGCACGAGGAGGAGACGCGGCGAGCGGGRCGACCACGGAGAACCGGGCGUUUGUCAGGAAGUACAAAGCUGCUCACAGCCUGAACGGGAAAGACUGGAUCUUCAUCAUGGACGGCAGGACCAGCCUCCCCAAGAUCUUCGAGGGGAACACGCACUACGACACCCCGGAGCUCCGGCACUUUGAGGAGACAGUGGCGCAGUACGUCAGGCUGUACCCGGAGAGGUGGUCUCCAGGAGGGAUUGGGAUGAGAGUGGAGAUCCUGGGAUGUGACCUUCCAGAAAUCAGCACGCCUGCCAACACCGUUACACCAACUCCACCUCCRAGCACAGAAACCUCCACCGUCCCCGUCAUGAUGACAGCAUCCCCUCCAUCAUCCGACAGCGUGUGCGAUUUUGACCACGGCCUGUGUGGAUGGACACUCGACUCCAACGCCCCGCUUUUCUGGUCCACGUACAGACACGAGCUCAACAACUACCUGUACCUGGAAGCGAGCCUGAAGACGGAGCAGCAGCGAGCGCAUCUCGUGAGCCCUGUGAUAGCCGCUGACACCGGACCGCUCUGCCUCCUCUUCUCCUACCAGCUAUGGGGGGAGGCCCAGGGCCACCUGAGGGUCCUGCUGCGGGACGCGCACAACGAGGAAACCGUCCUGUGGGCACUGAAAGAAGACCAGAGCGCCGUCUGGAAGGAGGGCCGGACCAUCCUGCCACGCUCCCCUAAAGACUUUCAGGUUGUGAUGGAGGGGUACUUUGUGCACGGCACCAGAGGGCACAUCUGGUUAGACAACAUCCGCAUGAGUGCCAGCUCCCCUCUGAAAGAGUGCACACAACCCAUAGCGGCUUUUUCUCCUGAAAGUCCAGGGGGAGGCGUUCCUGUGCCUCCCUUGCCCAUCCAUUGGUAUUACAUUAUGGCCGCCGGGGGCGCCCUCCUUCUCCUGGCAGUGGCCAUCUUGGUCAGGGCACUCUGUUGCUGCCGACAACACCUGGCCACCAAGAAGAGCCAGCUGUCCGUGGCCUACCACAGCUCAUCGCAGUGCUUCCAGUACUCAAACUGGGCCACCAGCAUGGCCACCCCGGGGGUGGAGCCGGUCCUGACGGUGAGGCUGGACAGCCGGGACAGACACCGCACCCUCUGCUGAAAAGAAGCACAGAUGUGGGAUGAUGUAGUUGGAAGUGUGACUCGAAAAAGACUUCGGUUUACAGCUGCAACAGCAACGAUGACACUAAAUGGAAGAUUUGCAAAGACACAUCAUGGCCUCUCUCUGCGUCUGUAAUGGACGUAGUAGCGUUUGUUUCUCUUUGCUCUUAACAUUUACCACUAUGCUGCUCCUGAUUAGAGGAACGAAUCCAGAGUCAAGUUUUUUUUCUGAACAGCUUGAUCCAGGCCUMUGAGCUCCGUCUGGCUCCUUGUAACCCCGACAGUCCUCUUGGAAUGACCCCAGCAUGGACGCACACAAAGACUUGUGUGGUCUGGGGAAGUGAAGGGGGGGUUGGCCGGUUCUACUGCUAGAGCCAGCCAAAACUGCCAAACCGCAAGGCCAAAACAAGACCCGAGAGACACGAGGAGCUCUGCAGCACGCAGGGUGACGAGAGAAGAAAAUUGUUAGCUUGAGACGUUGGUCCGAAAUGAUCUGGCAAAAUUUAUUAAGUUGUGCYGAUACAGAGGGUGCUGCAACAAAGGGAGGGGAAAAGGUGUCCCCAUUGUCCUCUGAUUUUUAAAGAGCAUGUGCACAUUUAAAAAACAACAACAGAAUGCAAAUCCAUCAUACUUAAAGCCGCGCAUUUCAAAUGGAGAUAAGCAGCUGGUUUGAUUGAACGGCUCAUCCUCUCCUGAUAAAGGCAUCAGUCGGUGAUGGAUGCAGCCGUCCUCACUGCUUAGUGUUUCAUCUUGAUUCUCUGGUGUAAUAAAGCACGUUGUUCCCACUCCCAUCUGAGCUGCGUACCACCCACUCCAGUUGUUCCCCUCGCCUUCGAGCUGCCCAGAUGAAAGCCACGCCGAGGCCCCACUUGUCGCGUUUUCAGUGCUAAUGUGCGCUUGUUGUUUUUAGGGUUGUAAAUAGACACAGCUGUCUGCCAUCGCCACUUCGCCCUUGAUUUAUGCUCCUACAAAUCCCACAAUGCCGCUGGCCCAGCUGGAAGCCACGAGUCAAAUGUUUUUGCUGCGUACAUGCGCACCCUGAUGAAAACCAGAGGAGAGCUCAAGCGAUUGAUGAGCUUUUUCCCCUUUAAAAGGCAGUAAAAUUAGACACUUUGAACCAAUAUUCAACACAUGUAGGAUCUAAAGCUGAAUCUGUUGUGAAAUUUGGUUCUGAAAAAGACAAAUUGGCACUGAUUCCUCUCUGCAUCCACUGCUCCAGGGGUGAUAAAAAAUCAGAUCCGAGCUUAGCUGUUUUGAAUGAAAUGCAGGUCUUUGCUCUGUCGCCUAAUGGGGCAUUACCUUCCAGUUCUGUCACAGCUGCACAGAAUCUGUCACCUGCAAACCCACAGCUCUGCAGAGUGCACCUGAAUUUGUUGUCACAACUGUAAAAAAAAAGAUGUCAUCUCCCCUUUUUUAAUUUUUUGGCACACUCUCACUUUAUGCUUUUAAAUCAACUUGGACGCCUGACUCGAUCCAUCUCGACACCAUUACACACGGAGCUUCUAAUAGUUGUAAUUAGUUAAUGGACAGAUAGCAUUUAUUAAGGCUGCGGUAAGCACUUUUUCCCCCCUCCCAUCUGCUGCACCUCCAUCGCCCCCGUUUGCUGCCAACUCCCGUUGCCCUGGAAACAGUAUUAAUAAUGCCAUUGGCCAUCAAAGACCUCCAGAUCUAGACGUGUGCCUUGCCAAGCAGUUACUCCCACUCCUGAAUGCUUGCCAAGGGCAGCAAACGCGCACACACACACACACAUAAAGACACAAAGUAAAAAGAAAACUCUUACAAAGUACACUUGAGCUUUCGAACUCAAGCAAAGUGCUGCAGCCCAUUUCUAGUUUCACCAGUUCCUUAAUUUAGUCAUUUUUCAGAUCAGAAAACACAUUUUACAAGCACUACAUUUUAUUUUUGUUCAAAACAAUACUCUUAAACUGAUUUACACUAUGAUGUGAGGGUUUUGUUGCAUUUGUAUUCACACAGAAUGAGCAGUCUUAUACAGUCUUUAUCUAAUGUGAUGCCUGUGUGUUUGACAGGAAUGCAUCUUAAUGAAAUUUCUCUAUGAAUAAAGACAUAUUUUUCUAUUAUAA